AUGGCUGAACCAGAUAUCCAUCCUCCCAAUUUCGCGUCAUACCUGGAUCAAAACCAAAGCUUACUAUUCUCGAUAUUACCCCCGGAAAUCCGCCGGGAAAUCUUCGCCUUCGCUUUCGCCGCCUUCGAGGACACUAACCGCCCAUACAGCAAAGACACGUAUUGGACACGGCCGGGCUAUGAUGCCCCUCACCGCACUUACACAGAGCUCCUCCGUACCUGUAAACGGGUCUACCAGGAAGCCUGGUUCAUGCCGUUCGCAUACGCAGAGCACUCCUUCUACCUAACAUCGCAAGACCGAGCGCCGGGACAACUCUCCCCAACGGCAUUCCAGAAAUGCCUAGACCUAAUCCACCAGACGCACGGCAAGAUCGAGGCCGGUAGGAUCAGAAUCUUCGCGCAGCUUUGGGCGCUCGAGGAGGGCCACCAGAUGAAGGGGUUGUUUGACAUGACGCAUUUCUACCCCAAGAGCAUCACGCUGACGAUCCGGUACACGGAUUUCUGGUGGUGGGAGAAUAACUUUCCUCUUUACAUUGAUGCGCGGUGGGUGGAUCAGAUCUGCUUUCCGGAAAGUGUCACGCGCUUCAGCAUGGACUUUGAGAGUAUCGAGCGUCGCAAGGGCGAGAUUGAGUACAUUGCCAACGAGGCGGCCGAGAAGUGGUUCUUCCGGCGGAAGGAUGGGAAGUUCCUGACGGCUGAUAAAGCUGAUAUGUCGGUGUCGAGGUGGACAGGGAGUUCUAUUCUAAAUGGACAGCGAUGGCUGAGGGAUGAGGUUCGACCGGGUCAAUUGGACUAUCAUGUCGUCACGGUCGUGUGGAGGGUUUCCCCCGGAUUAGCGGAGGCGCCGUUACCCACGCCGUGUCCGAAAAUCGAGAUACCAAGGAAUUUCCAGCGGCCGGCGCCUCCCCUCACUCCAAGGGCGUAUGUGACUGUUCCGGAAUUGCAACAAGCCAAUAUAGCGCUGGAUACACCGGCCGAGGAGACCUGCGCUGCGCUUGAGGCGCACCAAAGAGUGAUGCAGGAGGCAGCCAGGGAACGCAGACGAAGACGUCGAGGUUCGAGGGCAAGGCCUGCGGGUGAGUGA